CGAUCCUCCCCAGCCAACAGCCCCGCCACACCACCCCUUGCCGUCUCCUCCUCCUGCCCUCCCCUCCUCGCCGCACACUCGCCCAGCAUCAUGAACGCUGCCGCCUCCAACCUCGUCAUCUCCCUCGGCGCGAUGCAGGUCGCGAGGAAGUUGGACUUUGACGACCCACAGGUGCUGCUGGGCGUGCGCAUUGCGUAUGUGACCGUGCAGGCAGUCAUCCUGGGCGCGUACUACUACGCAUCGUACAAAAUCAAGCAGAAGAACGACAUGACGGUCCUCAAGUAUGUCGAGCCUGCAAGUCCAAUGAGCGGCGGCGAGCAGGGCAACCUCGUAACGACAACCAUCCGUGACUACGACCUCGCCGAGACCUCCAAGCUCAUCCGCUCCGUCUUCAUGGGCGUCGCCAUGAUGGGCUUCAUGCACCUAUACAUGCAGUACACACAGCCCUUGUUCGUCCAGGCGCUCAUGGGCCUCAAGAACCUCUACGACGCAAAGCCCGUCGCAAUCCACGUCCUCGGUCGGCCAGCGGAGGGCGACCUCAAGCGGCCCUUCAAGGUCGGCGGCUUCAUGGGCGCUGCCGCAAACCCUCAGACGGACAAGGCCGCGAUCGACGAGGCGGAGAAGCGGAUCGCGAAGGACGAGUAGACUACCGUUGGACUGCUCGGACUCCCUUUGGGUUAGCCCGCUUUCUGUGUAAAAGUGGCUCGUUGUCUGGGCUCGGUGUCAUUGGUUGGGUACAUAUAUGUAAUGCAAGAUAGAGUGCAACGACGGGGAUCCAUACUUCCAUCUUUGCUUGAAUCGUUGAUGGGUCCCUUUCAUU